AAAAAAAAAGUGGAAAGUUGUUUAGAGAACUCCCAGAGCAAAAUUGGAAAAAUUGGUUUUGAGAAACGCAACGGUACUUUAAUGAGCCGGGCGACAUGAGGCUGAUUCUGUCUAUCUUUAUCAUUGCCGUGAUGGGCGCUUCUUGUCUCGUACAUUCCAAAACACAGAAAAGUGCAGUUAUCGACAGUAUUAUCGAAAUGAAGGAACUGAAAAAACUGUUCCGUACUAAAACAAACGUUCUGAUUCUGUUUGUGGCCGGCACUAAGGAGAACACGGCGAUCAUCUCAUCAUUCCGGGAAGCCGCCGAAACAGUAAAAGGGCAAGGUACGCUCGUCCAGUUCGACUGCAACAAUUCAGAGAUCAAAAAAAUCUGUAAAAAGCUCAAGGCACACCCGGUUCCCUUUGUGCUAAAGCACUUCAAAGAUGGUGACUACCAUAAGGACUACGAUCGGCAAGCAACCGCGAUCAGUAUUGUGAACUUUAUGCGAGAUCCUACCGGUGAUCUGCCAUGGGAAGAAGACGCGGUCGGGUCUGAUGUUGUGCAUGUUCCGGAUGCGGUGGCUUUAGGGAAAUUCCUUAAAAAAGAAAUCAAGCCAACACUCGUCAUGUUCUACGCGCCAUGGUGUGGAUUCUGCAAAACGCUGAAACCGGAAUUCUCUGGCGCUGCAACGGAUCUGAAGGGUCGUUACGUUUUGGCCGCAAUUGACGUGAAUCGGCCCGAAAACUCCAUUAUCCGCAAGCAGUACAACAUUACGGGAUUUCCAACAUUACUUUACUAUGAAAACGGUCGUAUGAAGCACACGUUCGAAGGGGAAAACAAUCGUGCCGGGAUUGUGGCUUUUAUGAAAAAUCCAUCCGCUCCACCUCCCACCAAACAAAAGGAACAGGAUUGGUCUUCUGAAAGUAAUUCAGAGAUUGUGCAUCUAACGUCGAGUAAUUUUGAACCAGCACUCAAAGACGAACGAUCUGUGCUGGUGAUGUUCUAUGCACCAUGGUGUGGUCACUGCAAAAAGAUGAAACCAGAGUACGAAAAAGCAGCUGAAAUUAUGAAAGCGAAGAACAUUCCAGGUGUGCUGGCCGCUUUAGACGCCACGAAAGAGCCAUCAAUUGGGCAACAGUUUGGGGUUAAAGGUUAUCCUACGGUCAAGUACUUCAGUAAUGGAGAUUUCAAAUUCGAUGUAAACGUGCGCGAAGCGAACAAAAUUAUCGAAUUUAUGCAGAACCCUACGGAACCUCCACCACCACCAGCCCCCGAGGCACCAUGGGAGGAUGAACCUUCCGAUGUAGUCCAUCUGAACGAUGAAACUUUUAAACCUUUUUUGAAAAAAAAGAAACACGUUUUAGUGAUGUUUUAUGCCCCUUGGUGUGGUCACUGUAAAAGGGCAAAACCAGAAUUCACGCGAACCGCCGAACAUUUUAAGGAUGAUCCCAAAACAGAGCUAGCAGCAGUUGAUUGCACUCGUUACAGCACGCUUUGUGCAUCGUUUGAAGUUCGUGGAUAUCCGACCAUCAAAUACUUUAGCUAUCUGAAAACUGUUCGCGAGUAUAACGGUGAUCGUACGGAAACAGAUUUCAUUAGCUUUCUUAAAGACCCAGACGCCGCACCGAAAAAGAGUGAGAAAACAAUAGAACCGUUCGGUGAUUUCCAAGGUUCUAACGAAAUAUUGUUACUGACGGACAGUAACUUUGAAGAGGUAAUCAAGCGGGAACCCAGCCUUCUGAUUAUGUUCUAUGCGCCAUGGUGUGGUCAUUGCAAAAAUAUGAAACCUGAGUUUGCAAAGGCCGCCCAACUAUUGGCAGAAGAAAAAAUAUCGGCCAAGGUCGCUGCUCUAGAUUGCACAGUGCACACGAAAGCCGCGGAGCGAUUCGAUAUUCGUGGCUACCCAACAUUGAAGUUCUUCCGAGAAGGACAAUUUCGACGCAAUUACGAGGGUAAACGUACUGCCCAAGACAUGCUCAAAUUUCUUCGCUCUGGAGGAUCGCCCACAAAGGAUGAGUUGUAAAAGCACAACGCGCCGAAAAUCUCUAAUCUCGCCGAAGAAGGAAAUAAUAGACUGUUUCAGAAUUAACAUUAAUUUCACAAGCGGUUUGCUUUAAAUUCGAAAAAAUGCCACUUUGAAAACUACUUACAAUACGAUUGCUACCUCCAGCAAAUGUCUCUUCAAUGGUUUUUGUUUCACUAAUGUAUAUAAAUAUUGCUCACUGUCGUCUUACCCCUCAUUCCUCGAAUGAAGAACGAAAAAUAUAUCUUUUAACGACUGGUAAAA